AUGACACUUUUCGCUUUGCCGAUAUUCCAGCAUCUCCCGAUCGAGUUCUUUGGACAUCCAUUUAUAAUAGAGUCCUCAGAAACUAAACAUUGCCUUCAUGGAUCUGCCAAGGAUAACAGAGGUGGUAGAAAUGCUGAUAGCUGCGAUGGAGAGCACGACUAUGGGAUGUCGUACCGAAGGUUUCAGGGCACUCGACAGGUUCUCAACAUUGUAAACACCAAUAAUGGAGUAGAAGCUCAAAAUAAACUUUUUAAGUACAGCUACCUACCAAAAUCUGUAGACAAGUCUGCAUAUGGCAUUGUAGUUUUGCUUGUGGAGAGCUUCUUGCCAGACUCAUAUCAAAAGUAUUGUGAUAUGAAUCUAAAACAGAGUAGCCAAUACCGACGCAUCACCAACCUGCCAGGCCACCUUCAUAAUCACCCCAGGCACUUUGUGAAGAACUGCCUAAAGAGACGGUUUGCUGCUGGGGAAUUCCAAGACAUCCAGUGCGUCGAUAUUUCUAAGGGAAAUUUAGAGUAA